AUGGCUCCAAUUGUCGUCUUCGUCACUGGUGCCAAUCGUGGUUUGGGCCUAGGGCUUGUCAAGGGUUUCCUUGCCAAACCGGGCCAUAUUGUUAUAGCUGCCGUCCGUGAUCCAGCGCACUCGACCGCUCAGACACUCACCGAGGUGUCCACAGGGGAGGGCAGUCGUAUUGUAGUAGUCAAGUACGAAGCGAGCGUUGAGCAGUCUGCCUUUGAUGCAGUCAAAGAAGCCACCGGUCAGGACAUCAGCCACCUCGACAUUGUCGUCGCCAAUGCCGGCAUUGCCAAAUUGUAUCCUCUCGUCAAGGACGUCAAGCGGGCCGAGAUCGUCGAGCAUAUUGACGUCAACGUGUUAAGUGCCGUGUCGUUGUACCAGGCUACACGCGAUCUGUUGCAGAAGUCGACCGGAAAACCUAUCUUUGCCAUCAUGGGAUCUGGAGCCGGUGGUGUUGCACGCCAACCUCCGGUCCCAAGUGCGGCGUAUGGCGCAUCAAAGUCUAUGAUCAACUGGUAUGGUGUUCGGAUCAAUGCCGAGGAUGAGUGGCUCAAUGCGUUUGUCUUGGAUCCUGGCUGGGUACAGACCGAAAUGGGCAAUGCUGCUGCACGGGGUUGGGGCCUGGAGGAGGCGCCGGACACCCUUGAGAAAUCCACUGCCGGCAUGGUUGAGAUUCUGAGCACGGGAACUAAGGAACAAUAUGGCGGCAAGUUUGUGCUAUACUCAGGCAAGGUUCAGGAAUGGUAA